GGAGCAGGAAGCGAGAAAGAGAAUUCACAAGUACUGCAAUCCGCUCCUGUUUGUUCGUCUCUCCACAUGAUCCCGGCGCAGCUUUCAGCAUCCAUCUGUGGAGCCGUGCGGACUCGCCACUUCUGGUCCUCCGACUGCGGGCCAAUCAGCGAUGGCAAGGCGGGCGGGCCCAGCGGUUCCCUAGGUUACCUGUGUGAUUGACGUGCAGCCUCCUGCAGUGGAGCCGUGCAUCGCCGAUGCUCCUCUGGAGAGCGAUCUGGAGGAAUCACCGGAGCUGGAGGAAUGCUGAUCAUCUGAAGUCCUGCUUUCUCCUCGCCGGCGGGGACGAGAUGGAAGAAGCCGGCUGAAGCCGGAGCAAGAAGAGGCGCCCCGAACUGAAGGUGGAUCCACCGAAAAACCUCAUGAAUCCAGCUGAGGACAAAUCGACGAGCAAAUCAUCUGAGGAUUUUCAGGAGGGCACAGACUAGACGGCGGGACCAUGGUCACCUGGACGUCGCACCCAUAAGGCCACCCCAGGGCCCAGAGGGGGGAGAAACCAGGAGCAGAGAUGAACUUGAGCUGGCGUCGGCAGUCACCUGGGGAUCUAACCUUCACCCAACACUAAUCUCCAGGGCGACGGGCAAGUGGACCGCGACCUCCUCUUCAACCAUCUCGACGGCAAAGUCCAGUGUCUGGAAAUGACCACGAAGCGGAAGCUGAUCGGACGGCUGGUGCCCUGCCGAUGUUUCCGAGGGGAGGAGGAGGUGAUCUCGGUGCUGGACUACUCUCACUGCAGCCUGCAGCAGGUGCCCAAGGAGAUCUUCAGCUUCGAGAGAACUCUGGAGGAACUCUACCUGGAUGCCAACCAGAUCGAGGAACUACCAAAGCAACUCUUCAACUGCCAAGCCUUGAAGAAGCUGAGCAUGCCAGACAACGACCUGUCCAACCUGCCCACCACCAUCGCCAGCCUGGUCAACCUCAAGGAGUUGGACAUCAGCAAAAACGGUAUCCAGGAGUUUCCAGACAACAUCAAAUGCUGUAAAGGUCUGUCAGUGGUGGAAGCCAGUGUCAACCCCAUCACCAAACUCCCAGAUGGUUUCACGCAGCUCCUGAAUCUGACCCAGCUCUUUCUCAACGAUGCCUUCCUGGAGUAUCUGCCGGCCAACUUCGGCAGACUCUCCAAACUACGGAUCCUGGAGCUCAGAGAGAACCAUCUGAAGACGAUGCCAAAGUCCAUCCACAGACUGACCCAGUUGGAGCGGUUGGAUCUGGGUAGCAACGAGUUUUCUGACAUGCCGGAAGUAUUGGAACAGAUUCACAACCUGAAGGAGCUGUGGAUGGACAACAACUCGCUGCAGUCCAUACCAGGGUCCAUAGGGAAGCUCCGGCAGCUACGCUACUUGGACUUGGCAAAGAAUCGUAUUGAGACUUUGGACAUGGACGUCUCCGGCUGCGAGGCCUUAGAAGAUCUGCUCCUCUCCUCCAACAUGCUGCAGCGUCUCCCGGACUCCAUAGGAAUGCUAAAGAAGCUGACGACGCUGAAGGUAGACGACAACCAGCUGAACUCACUGCCAAACAGCAUCGGGAGUGCGAAGCCCAAGCACGGCCUGUCUCUGUUGGAGGAGCUGGACUGCAGUUGUAAUGAGCUCGAGUCGUUGCCCCCCACCAUCGGCUACCUGCACAGCCUGCGGACCUUUGCUGCUGAUGAGAACUUCCUGACAGAGCUUCCCCGUGAGAUCGGCAACUGUAGAAACGUGACGGUGAUGUCGCUGCGCUCCAACAAACUGGAGUUCCUGCCCGACGAAAUCGGACAAAUGACCAAACUGAGAGUCCUGAACCUGAGCGACAACAGGUUGAAGAAUUUGCCGUUUACCUUCACAAAGCUGAAGGACCUGGCAGCUCUCUGGCUCUCUGACAAUCAGUCGAAGGCUCUGAUACCGCUGCAGACCGAAGCCCACCCUGAAACCAAACAGAAGGUUCUGACCAACUACAUGUUUCCCCAGCAGCCUCGGCACGACGAAGACUACCAGUCAGACAGCGACAGCUUCAAUCCGACUCUGUGGGAGGAGCAGAGGCAGCAGAGGAUGACUGUGGCCUUCGACUUCGAGGACAAGAAGGAAGAGGAAGACCAGUCUGGAAAGGUCAAGGUGGAGAUCAACCUAAAGCGCUACCCGACUCCAUAUCCAGAGGACCUGAAGAACAUGGUGAAGUCGGUGCAAAGCCUUGUGGGUAAGAAUGUUCACGGCGGGCACCAGCACCAUCACCAACAUCAGCAGCAGCACCAGCAUCAGCACCAGCUGACCACCGGCACAGCCACCUCCGCCGGGACCAACAUGGAGCUCACGCACCACAGCAAAGAGCCGUACGAGCCACCGUGGCCGCUGCCUCCAAAAGAAGUGACAGACAGAGAGAUGCAGGACUUCUCUCAGACGCAGAUUAUGGAUCAGGGAUCAAUGCACAACUCUGGCAUCGACAUUCCCAAGAGGAAGGACAAGGAGGAUUUGACAGAGAGCUCAGAGGACUCAAUGGGAGGUUCGCCCAAUGACAUACGCAUCUCCGACAUGAGACCCACCCUGGUGGAGCCCCCCAUGUACAAGCCCAAGGUGGUGCUGCUGGGCAAGGAUAAGAAAGAGUCCACAGACGAGGAGGUGGACAAGCUGCACUGUCUGAAUCACAGUGGCUCCUCGGCCACCUACUCCGACUACUCUCCCUCGCAGGGCUCCUCCGGCUCCUCCAACCCGCCGGCCAACACGCACUCACACGCUUCACACAACCUCACACACCAACACAAUCCUGCACUGCCGGUUCCCAGCAAGGACCAAGCGCCUCAGACACACUGGACGAACAGACUGGCCCAGUCCUUCCCGAAGCCCAUUGACUCCAAGCCCCUGCUGUCUCAAAGAGAAACCCCUCCAUCAGGGACACUCCAGCAACGCGGCGACCGCCGCCCUCUGAGCGAGCCCUUCGACUGGUCCGAGGCUCCGCACUAUGACAACACUGGAUUUGACGCUGAGGAGUCGCCUAUGGACCCGUCGUCUUCCAAUACCAGCCAGGGAAACCCACCGCUGGGCUCCAAACCUCGCCAGUCCUCUCACGGCCGCCGGCCCCUCAUGAGGCAGGAGAGGAUCGUUGGAGUCCCUUUGGAGCUGGACACGCAGACCCUCCCCUUCCAUGGAAACCAGCGCUCUACGCCAGACAACGACCCACAAGGGUCAGGUCUGCCCUCCCAGAACCCUUGGCAGAAUUGGACCCGCACACCAAGUCCACUGGAGGACAGGACUGCCUUUCCUUCCAAGCUGGAUAUGACUCCCUCAUCCAGCCCAAACCCUGACCGGAAGACAAAAGACUCACGGAUGGAACAGGGUUCUGGACCUCUGCCCGGCAGCUGGUCCUACCACGACAAUCAGAGCGACCAAACCAGGAAAGAUCAGUUGACAGUCAGCGGGGGAAACAAGGUCACUGUGGUGAUGAGCAAAAGCUCCGACCGCCUGUCGCCCAUGAUGAAGGAGACCAGGUCCAAGUUCAAGAAGUCACAGAGCAUCGAUGAGAUCGACAUUGGCUCGUAUAAAGUUUACAGCAUUCCCAUGGACAGUUACAGCUCCUCCAUCGAGCAGCAGACCAGUUUGGACCGCCAAGAACUGCCCGGUUCACUGGAGCAGACCAACAUGUCCCGCUCUCAGUCGGCACCCAUGCUGGAUGAUGAGCUGGUGUUUCCAGGACAUGGCAACCAGAACCAGCAGGGCCACAACCAAAAACCCUCUGUACCACAGAAGGCCUACCACUUUGACCAGAACUACAACCCACAGGUCACCAUGGACCGUCGAGCCCCGCCUCCAUUCCCCAACACCCCCGAUUACAUCAACCACUCGACCAAAGCCCUGGAGUACAUCAGCCAGCCGGGGAAGACGUUACCGAAGGAGCUGGUGAGCCCUCGGUAUCGAGCCUACCCUCCUCUGGAGAUGUUUUCAUUCCCCCAGUCGCCCAUCAACCAGGACGGCCUCCCCACACAGCAACAGCCCAUCCCAGCGCAGCGCUCCAGGCCCGGCUUCCUGAGGAGAGCCGACUCUCUGGUGAGCUCCACCGAACUGGCUUUGUUCCGCAGAGUCCACGAAGCCCAGCAGGAGGCGCUGCAGGAAGCUCAGUACAGGCAGCAGGCGGACCCUCCUCUCUACAGCCGAGCCAUCGCCUACUCCAGCCCCAUGGAGCACUCCAACCUCAGCAACAUGGCCGACAACCAGAGCCAGAUGAUGCACAACAAGAGAAAUGGUCGCUAUGAUGAUGACUACACCAACUACCAGGACCAGAAGAAGCCCAUGAUCGGUUACCCGACCAAGAGCCUGACUCAGAGACGCCCCCUGUCUGCCAGGAGCUACAGCACUGAGACGUAUGGGGCCUCUCAGGCCCGUCCGGUGUCAGCACGUCCAACGAUGGCUGCCCUCCUGGAGAAGAUGCCCCCCGAUUACACCCUGGCCACCUGUCCUGAGAAACCCUCGGAGGACACCAUCAAGGUUCGCCCGGUCGUGCCACAGAAGCCAGAAGACAUCACGUCCAAGAUGCCCGCCGACUGGCGCCAACAGCUGCUCAGGCACAUCGAGGCCAAGCGACUGGACAGGAGUGGUGUCCUAAAGCACAACACGCUCACGCUGGGCAUGCUCUAUCAGGGCGGGGGUCACGGCCAGGGGCGCAGCAGCACUUUGAACUUUAACCUAUACAAUAACACUAAGCAUGAGCCCCCUGCUGGCCGCUGGCUGCCACUACCUCCUCCUCCUCCGCCUGCUAACGCCACUCCAUCUCUGCAGGCCGCAAUACUGGACAACGACCAGGAGGUGGUGACAGGGAACAGUCAGUGGGCUCCGUACUCACUGGGCAGGAGGGACGUCCCUCCAGACAACCUCAUGAAAAAGGGAGGGCAUCCCCACAACCCGUCCCAUCAGCCACACAACGCCAUGAUCGUGACGUCGUCCUCGUCCUCCUCAUCCACCACUCCUCAUCGCGUGGUCACGCAGCAGGGCUACGACAGCGGGAUGAUGAACAAGGCCAACCAGUACCAGCCUGGGAUGCCUCUGUCUGUCGUCCCGGCCGGUGGCCAGUAUCAAGGCAACAUGUCGCAAGCCCUAACUUCUCAGGGUCAAGUGUACCAGAGCGCCGGGCUCCCCAUGUCACUGUCCUCGUCUGGGAACCAGCCCCAGUAUGACUCUCACAGCUCCCACUCCUCACAUCAGGCUUCCACCAACCCACAGUACCAUAGCAACCAGGGCAUGGUCCAUAGCAACCAGGUUGUUAUGACCACUCACACGAACCCGCGGCCUCAGAGCGCUCGCUGCCUGCUGCAGACGAAGGGGCAGAAGAGCACGGACGGUUUCCAGGACCAGUUGUGUGUACGAAUAGAGAAGAAUCCCGGUCUGGGUUUCAGUAUCUCUGGGGGCAUCAGCGGUCAGGGGAACCCGUUCAAGCCCUCCGACAUGGGUAUCUUUGUUACUAGGGUACAGCAUGACGGGCCCGCUGCUGCCGCCCUACACCCUGGAGACAAGAUUCUGCAGGCUAACGGACAUAGUUUUUUACACAUGGAGCACGAGACAGCCGUCUCACUGCUGAAGAGUUUCCCACGGAUGGUGGACUUGGUGGUUCUGAGGGACAGCAGCACGCACUAGGCUUAGUUUCAUAGCAGACAAACACACAACACGGCUUCUCCCUUCUGCUCCUCAUCCCACCUUUUAACCCCACCUGCUGGAGGCUUGUGGGACCCGAACAUGAGCCUUUAAAAAAACAAAAAAAAAAAGGAGAUCUGCCUCUUGCUGGACCAAAGGCGAUUAUGAGUGCCAAAUGUACCCCGAGGAAACACACGUCGGGCAACUGACUGUCGGCUGGAUGGAAAACCCGAGCUGCUGUCGUUUGGAUUUACUCCUGGUUUCUAUUGCAGGCGCCUUCUGACUGACUGGAAUUUGGGGGUGUUGUUUCCUUUCUUCAUUGUUGUUCAUGCCCCCGACACACUACACAACUUUAACCCUCAAACAUCAGAUGGUCCACACCUGAUACCACCACUCCAGAAGAACACACUGGAGGGAAUUGUGACACCUUUAGUCACAUCAUCGUGGCAACAGCUACUUCCUGCUACAUUCUUCUGUAUUUCAACUUUAUUUUUUAUUCUUUUUUUUUUUUUUUAGCAAUAAGUCGGAAAUCGCCCUGUUUGAAGGAUUUAUACAGUCAGCAAAGUUGAUGAUCAUUUUCUUACGUGUUACAGGUUUUGGAAAACUAUUGAAAUUUUAGACUUGGAAGUCAACAUGUGAUUUGUUAUAUCUGAGGUGAAAUAAUGUCCUCGUGUAAAUAUCGAUGGAGAGACCGGAUGCGCUUGUCAGUGGUGACGCGACCAGGAACCUUCAGCUUUCUCCAGCUGAACCACAUUUGUUUGGAGUUGUUGGAGUGUUUGAGUGACAGUUUUCAUAUUCAGAUUGGAGCCUCUAUACAUUAUUAGUAAAUUAGUGAAUAUUUUUUCUCCGUUCUGGUAUAAAAUAUAAAGUCACAUGGGAUAUCUGUAUAUAUUUUUAUUUUUAUUUAUUCAUUUUAUUUUUUGUUUUGAGGUGCAGCUGAUCGGUCAUGUAUUUUUCUGCGGGUAACUUGUUUCAUCUGUUACUGUUUUUCCCUAGCCAUUUUCCAUUGUGGAAUUCAUUUUAUUUAAUUUUAUUUAUUAUUUUUUUUUCUUUCACUGAUAUGGUAUGGUCGUUUUUUUCCCCCAUCCUGAUGCAUUUUUGUUUAGGUUUUAGCUUUUCACCUUCAAUUUUGUUCUUUUUAUUAGCUACUACCUUAUUUUAUUUUUUAUUUAUUUACUUUUAUUUAUUUGUUUUAUGCUGUGGUUUGUUUUAGAAAUUGACUUCAUUUGCCUACUGUUCACAUUGAAUCUUUGUCGCAAACAAGUUGGCAUUUUAUGUUGUUGUUUUUUUUUCUAUUAUUUUUUCUAGUAUUUUUUUAUUAUUAUUAUUUUUAAUUGUUAUUUUUGUUAAGAUUCAGUCAUGGCUAUGCUCACCUCAUCCAUUUCUGCUGCAUGAGUCCCAACAACUGCAGCUGCUUCCACUGGUCUCUUCUCACUUCAGCUGAAUCCAAACUUGGUUUUGAGUGACUGGUCCAGACCUUUGAACAUCAAAUGAAACAAGUGCGGGGCAGAUUUCCGACUUGGGUUCGUCCGCGUGCGUUUGAAUGUCGGUCGUAGAAUUUUGGCUUCCCACGUGUGUGGAGUCAGUGUUGUGCAGGGGAACACUUCAGUCUCAUACGUCCUCGCUGUGCCACUAACCUUUCAAACAAUGGCUUCUUAAAGUUGUGUAGUGUCGGUCAGCGUUAUUCCGUGGUGUUUUUCCAAAUGAUUUGCUGGCUGUGUUGUUCUCCAUGUUUGUUGGCUGCUUCUCGCCUAUUCUUACACUUUGAUUCUAGUUUGUGUUUCACGCUCUGCUGUUGCCUCCUGGUGUACAUAGAUAUUAAGACUCUUCUGCCUUGUGUAAUUAUACAGCGCCGCUGCAAUUAUGGUUAUGACAUUGUAAAGAACUCUUCUCGGAGCGUACGGGGACGAAGGCAUCCACAAGAGACACUGUCUUGUACGUUCAUUCUCAUCAGCGCUUUUCCGUCGACGCUGCGCUGAGAAGAGCUCCAAGCAAUAUUUCUGCCCGGUCAGCACUUUCUGUUUAACGGCGCCCGAGCUGCGCUGCAGUGCCAUCUAAUGAGCAACUCAUGCUAAUGUUUACACCAAACCGUUCGUACACCGCUGCACAGUGAGCCCUCUUUAUGCAUCGGGACCCACUGUGCGUCUGAUCUUGUUUGUAGACAUUUUCUACUGUUGUUUACUGGCUCCGUGUGGGGCCACGACCCGGAUUUAGAUGAGCUUCGUCUGCACCAUUCCCCACGACUUACAGUGGCCACAGAAUCACGGAGCGUGGAGGAAGCAUUGCGUGGCAUGAGAGCUCACCGUGAGUGACGGAUGUGGGAGGGACCUUGGGACUGAGCCGUGGUUUUGCCUGUGUGUGUGUGUGUGUGUCUCAGAGGGAUCUCUGCCCUUUUGCCAGUGACUUAUGAUGAGAGUGACAGAGUCAUGUUGAAGAGACAACUUUGUGUGUGGGAUAUUUGGAUGUGCCUCAGGCCAGUGCUGGUGUGUGUUGAUAUUAGGGAUGCUCUGGUCGAUCGGUCACCGAUCAUGAUCGGCCGAUAUCAGCGUGAUCGGUGAAUGCUGAUCACUACCUGUCAUUGCUGAUCGCGACAGCCGCUCCUCCCUGCUCGCUGCUCACUCAGCAGCAGCGUGUCUGCUACGAAGGUUCUUUCAAUCUGUCAUGUAAAGUUAGCAUCCUGUGGCACAUGGGAAAAUGCUGUGCAGGGAAGCGCCUUCAAAUUAAACCCACCAUUUCAAGCUCCAGCACUAGACGCAGCACGGAGAGUUUUCUGGGCUCAUGAAAGUGAGAGUGGUUCCUCAGCAGCAGGCUGAAGCUUAGCAACACCCGCCGGUCCGAGCGUGACAUUCGAAAUGCUAAGAAAUAAUGAUUAAUUUCACCGAGCCAGAUGAGCAGCCUUUCCCAGGUGUCGUUUACGCCGAGACUGAAAUGGAAAUGCCCGGAUCCAUCGCCGUUUUGGAGUCAGGUGCAGCGUUUGUGACUCUAAAAUGUUUGAAAACGUCCACAGUGGAAACUCUCAUAAAUGCAGUGCUCUCUGUUUUGGAGUUACAAACUCAUUGUCAAUCCAUGUGAUCGGUAUCGGCUGCAAAAAUCUUGAUCGUAGCAUCCCUAGUUGAUAUGUGUGUGAGAAAAGAGUCUCAGUGUGUGAAUGAGCGACCUCUGUGGGUGGGAGCAAUGUGUGAUGGGACAUGUGUUUUUGUUCGUAAGAAAACGGUGUGUCUGUGUAUCAGGUGUGUGUGUACAAAGGAGUACUUGUAUAGCUGUCCUUGCUGGGACAAAUUAUUGGAAUCACACCUACUUGUGAGGACAUGUUUUGCCCCUUGUCCCCUGAAGUCCAAGCCUCAGUUUUUGAGGAUAAAACCUUCAAAAUGAUUGGGUUUCAGUUUGGAUCAUAGUCCUGGUUAAGGUUUGCCGUUUGGUUUGGAUGGUGAAGUUAAGAGUGAGAGGCUGGGGAAAGGGAUACGGCAAUGAGACGUCCUCCAAGGACAGAGAUAUGCAUGUGUGUGGGGGAUUGUUCUUGUUAGGACCAUUUCUGGUAAAAACACCUCCUUUUGAGGACAUUUAGUGUUGCCGGUCCAAACAAGGUUAAACCCAAAUUUGAGGAUGACAACGUCAAAAUGACUGGGUCAUUAUAAUUGGAUUUUAGAGUGAAGUUAGCCAUGUGUUUUGAAUGGUUAGGUUUAGGGUGAAAGGCUGGGGAAAGGGUUAUGUCAUUGAGAGGUCCCCACAAAGAUAGAAAUACAAUGACAGUUUUUAUAGAAGAAGGAGCAAGUCCUAUUGCACUCAGUUCACCAUCAAAUUUCAGAAGGCUGUUUCACAAUGGGACCAAACUUGAGUUGGGACUUUUCCAGAACCCUCUGGAGUGCAGCAUGAAAGCGUUUCUGUGGCCCCUGGAAAGUCCAGCGAUCUUGCCUCGACUCUGGAGGCGAGAGAAUGGUGUGGCUUUCCUCUUCACGCCAUCGUCUCCUGCUCUGCUCUUCAUGUGCCAAACCUUCCGCCCAACAUGUGACCCAACCCGCCGACUGGGAUCUGAAUAUCAAGGAGACAGCGGCGAGCACUUUGAUAACGAUAAAGUAUUUUUUACUACAUGUUUCAGGUCUUUCUAAAUACAGUGACGAACCUUUAGCUCAGCUCAGCUAAGAACAGUUGGCGUCUUUUAUAAGUGAGUGAGGGAUGAAAGUACACGCACUCUCGGCGAGCCACCCAUCCAAAACUGUACAAAGUGUAUUUCUACUGUAAUUGUGAAAUUGUGUCAUACAAAUAUAUAUUAUAUAUAUGAAUAUAAAUAUGUACAUGACUCUACUAGACGGUCAUUUUGUUGCGGGGUCGCUGAGGUCACUGUACAAAAGCUGUGAAUGAAUUUCAAGACUCAUUUUUGUGAAUGUACUCAUGCUUUCUGCAGUUCCUUCACCUCCCAACUUGAAUGCUGCUUCUUCUGUUGUGUGUCGGGGAAAAAAAAAAAAAAAGUACUUUUAACCUCUGAAAAAAAAGAUAGAUUUUUAGCAACAGGACUAUUUAUUCUUUAUUUAUUUGCACAUGCAAGUUGAACUCCUUCCAGUUUUCAGUUUGAGUAUUACCGCGGAGAAGUAUAAUUGCCGAACUAUAUAAAUAAUAUAUAUCAUGUGUUUAGAAUGCAUUUUGCAGACGCUACCUGUACAUACUAUUUAAGAUACGGUUUUUACAAAAGAUCCUAAUAAUAUAUGUAUAAAAUUGAAAAAAUGCUGUGCAGCAACUGUACUGAAGCCAUUUUGGGCUUUGGGACGUACCAUUUUUUCAGUAUAUAAGAGGUGUUUUGAAUAAUGUACGAAAGUCUCUAUUGUACAAAUAAUAAAAAUGUCAC